GCCAUCAAAAAUGACAUUUAAAUAUUUGACAGCAUGGCACCACCAACACUUUUGGAUUCUGAAAUCACAAAAAGUGAUAAAUAUUCAAUUUUACUGCCUACAUAUAAUGAAAGGGAGAACUUGCCCAUCAUAAUAUGGCUUAUCAUGAAAUAUUUGGAUACAAGCGGCUAUGACUUCGAGGUGAUCAUUAUUGAUGAUGGGAGCCCUGACGGUACCUUAGAAGUAGCUAAACAGCUGCAAAAGCUGUAUGGCUCAUCGAAGAUUGUGCUUCGUCCCAGGGAGAAAAAGCUAGGUCUGGGUACAGCGUACAUUCAUGGAAUACAGCAUGCGACCGGCAACUUCAUUAUCAUUAUGGACGCCGACUUGAGUCAUCAUCCAAAAUUUAUUCCGAAAUUCAUCGAACUCCAACGUGAGCAUGAUUACGACCUGGUCUCAGGCACACGGUAUAAGGACGGUGGUGGGGUCCACGGCUGGGACUUCAAGAGGAAGCUGAUAUCGCGCGGAGCCAAUUUCGUCACACAGCUGCUGCUCAGGCCCGGUGCUUCUGACCUCACAGGUUCUUUCAGGCUAUACAAAAAGGAUGUGCUACAAAAGCUGAUUGACAGCUGUGUCUCCAAAGGAUAUGUCUUCCAGAUGGAAAUGAUUAUAAGGGCAAGGCAGCUAGAAUACACUAUAGGAGAAGUGCCAAUAACAUUUGUGGAUAGGGUGUACGGGGAGUCCAAACUUGGGGGCUCCGAGAUCAUUCAGUUUGCCAAAGCAUUGCUGUACUUAUUUGCUACUACAUAAGCCACAUUUUUUAAUGGAUUCAACUGUAACAGUUUAUACAGUGCUCAAUAAGUCUUGCUGAUGAUAUACAUGGGUAAGGACAUGGUAGCAAAAAUCUUGGUCAUAAAAAUACACUGUACCUAAUAAACUAAUAAAUUAUCUAAAUAUUUUUAGAACAAACAAUAUGGCUCUAACAAGACAAUAUAAGAGUGAUAAAGAGAAUUUUAUGUUUAGGACAGUGGUCGGAUUUUAUCAUUUUCUGUAAACCUUACACCCUGUAUCAAGAUUACAAACUUGCAACCUUGUUUCCUAAUUUAUUAGUAAAAUAUUUCCUUUCUUUCCUUAGUCUUAAGAAUAUUCGUGAUGAUAAUUACAUAUUUAAAAUUUCAAUGAUUGUUUUUAUAUUGUGAGAACAUUGUCUCAAAUAAUUGCAUUCUUUUUAAUUGAACUAAAUAAUUUUACUUGUUUUUUAUCUAUAUAAUAAUUUAAAUAAGUAGGUAACAUUCCAUUGCUAGGAUUGAUGUGAAAUUGUAUACAAAAAAUAUUAUUUUGUAUGUAAUAUGAAAAUAAAAAUAAAAAUAUUUAAUGUUUGUAAUUUAAA